UUAAUUUAAAAUGGUGUAAUAUAUUGAUAGUUAUUAUGUGAUCAACAAAGGAAAUACAUUCGGAAUGGGAGCGACAUUUAAUUGGGUGUUUUUAAUAGCUGUAGUUUUAGAACUAACCACACUUACAUGGGGUCAAUCUUUAACAAGUCGAGAGCACAGAACUCAAGCGGCUGUGGAACGAGUAAACGAUCUGUGGUGCUACCAGUGCGAUUCCAUGGAAGAUGGCGAUAAAUGUGUAGACGUAUCUGCAAACCACAGCAGCACGAUAAAAAAAUGUAAGGACGACAGAAGAGUUUGCAUGGUCAAAAGAGUAUCCUAUACCACAAGCACAGCCAAUUCGACAUCGGCUCCCAAACUUUGGGCGUUAGAAAGAAAUUGUACCAAAAUUUGUGAACCCGGUUGCAUCGUUAUUGGAGAACGGACAAAAUUGUACGCUUGCACUUCUUGUUGUGAGAAAUCGCUUUGCAAUGUGGGCAUUGCAGCAGCUUCCAAAUAUAACUUUAAUGAAGUUAGAAAAAUUUUAAGUUUGUUUGCUUCAUUAAUCAGAGUAUCAGAGCGUGUUUGA